GUGGCGCAUAGUCAUUGGUAUGAACACCCUACUGCUUCUCCCUCAUUGGCCCGUCUUGACAAGAACACGUUUCAUGGCGUACUACUCCCUGUUUUUGAUGCCUGGUCGUUUUACCAUUCUUUUUCGCUCCAUUUUCCCGAGAAAGAGGGAUUCAUGAGGGAGGAAGACUGAUCUUCGUGCAUUAUAACUUCUUAUUGAAAUUGAUUUUCUCGCCGCCAGAAGCCCUAAUCUUGCCACGAAAAUUCUCUAGUAUCGGGCUAAUCAACAUCUUUUAUCACGGAAGCAGCGAGAUCUGAUUGCAAACCCUAGGUUCUCAUUGGGGGAGAUACCCAUCUCUCUCUGCCGCAAGCUUCGUCUUGAUGGCGCAUCGAAGAACAAAUCUAUUGUUCCUACUAUGCGUUCUCUCUUACGCUCUCUCAGCCAUUGCAGGGAAGAGCUAUUAUGAUAUUUUGCAAGUGCCGAAGGGUGCUUCGGACGAGCAGAUUAAAAGAGCUUAUCGGAAGCUCGCAUUGAAGUACCAUCCCGAUAAGAACCAGGGAAAUGAAGAGGCUAACAAGAGAUUUGCGGAGAUUAAUAAUGCUUACGAAGUUUUGUCCGAUAGCGAGAAGAGGAAUAUAUACGAUAGGUACGGCGAAGAGGGCUUGAAACAGCAUGCAGCUACUGGCAGUAGAGGUGGUGGUGGAAUGAACAUUCAGGACAUAUUCAGCUCUUUCUUUGGUGGAGGUCCAGCAGAAGAAGAGGAAGAGAAAAUUGUGAAAGGUGAUGAUGUAAUUGUUGACCUGGAUGCAACACUAGAAGAUUUGUACAUGGGAGGUUCAUUGAAGGUUUGGCGGGAGAAAAAUGUUUUAAAGCCUGCCCCAGGCAAGAGACGCUGUAACUGUCGAAACGAAGUCUAUCACAGGCAAAUUGGUCCUGGGAUGUUCCAGCAGAUGACAGAACAGGUGUGUGAGCAGUGUCCAAAUGUAAAAUAUGAACGGGAUGGAUAUUUCAUUACUGUUGAUAUUGAGAAAGGAAUGCAAGAUGGGCAAGAGGUGGUCUUUUAUGAAGAUGGUGAGCCUAUAAUAGAUGGAGAGCCUGGAGAUUUGAAGUUCCGCAUUCGUACGGCACCUCAUGAUCGCUUCAGAAGGGAAAGCAAUGAUUUGCAUGCAACAGUAACCAUAUCCCUGAUGCAAGCUCUUGUUGGUUUUGAGAAGACCAUUAAACACCUUGAUGGACAUCUAGUGGACAUAAGCUCAAAGGGAAUUACUAAGCCUAAGGAAGUGAGGAAGUUUAAAGGGGAAGGAAUGCCAUUGCAUUUUAGCACAAAGAAAGGAGACUUGUAUGUUGCGUUCGAGGUUCUAUUCCCAUCAUCACUAACAGAGGACCAGAAGACGAAGAUCAAGGAAAUUCUAGGUUAAACAAAUGUGCAACCAAUGUUAUAUCUUGGGUCCAAAAAUACUCCCUUUGUAACAUGAGGCCACUAUAGAAGAUUCAAAUCAAUCAAUCACUUCGGUGGUCUUCGUUUUCUUUUUCUUCUUUUUUCAGUUUUAAGAAGUAGCUCAUUCUACCUGGAGAUGUCAAAUGCUGUAAUCGAUUCAAGCAUCCUGCAUUCUGUAGCGCUAUUUUUGCUUGCGUGAAGAUAAUAGUUUUGCCCUGUUCCCUCGAAAGGUUCUAACAGAAGUUCAUCAAUUUGUAAGCCCCUGUAGUUUGCCACUCAA